AUGGCAAAUGCCGGAGUUCGCUCUCAUGCACAGGCCAGCGAGCGUUCCGGCUCCCACGCGUCUUUCGCCCCUCCACCGCUGUUCUCUCUGUCUCCUCCGUUGCCGCCCCACCCUCUCUACCCCCUCAACUCGUCUCCGCCCGCCCUCUCCUCCUUCAAUCCCUUCCGCGCCCGCCCUUUCCACCCUCUCCACGUCAACGUCAACGCCCUCAAUCCCCUCCGCACCCUCCAUCUUUACCUCCAACGCGUUAACGGGCGCCCUCUCCACGCCCUCUCCACGAAUACGCGUAUCCGCGUAUCAGCGCUCCCUCUCCGCGCACCCUCUCCGCGCGCCCCCUCUCCCUCUCCGCACGCCCCCUCCCUAGCCUCAAUCCCCUCCACACCUGCCAUCUCCACCCCCAAUGUGUCUCCGCGCUCCUUCUCCGCGCGUUUGCCCUCUCUGCGCGCCCUCUCCGUGUAUACGCAUAUCCGCCCUCUUCGCGUAUACGCAUAUCUGCGCGCCCUCCCUCUCUGCAUAUACACAUUUCUGCAUAUUCGCGUAUCACGUGCCCUCUCCACUCGCCCUCUCCAUGUAUACGCAUCCUCCAUGUAUCCGCCCUCUCCGCGUGCCGUCUCCGCAUCUCCAUCUACCUCCUCCACCUCAAUUCGUCUCCGCUCGCCUCCUUUACCACCCUCAUCACGUCUUUGCACACCUCCGCCCGCAACGCGCUCACGCACGCCCCCUCAAGACCCUCAGGCCCCUUUCUGGACGGAGCCCACAGAGUUCGAGCAUCGGAAUAAUGCCUUGUGUCUCCGUUGUCGGCUCUGA